AUGGGACAAGAAACCACCAUAACAUUAUGCUUCAUUGCCCUCUUUUGCUUCCUCAACCAAGGUUUAUGCUCGGCUCAAACUUCACUAUGCUCUGCAAAAACCUUCAAGAUUGACGUGAUCUCAAUAGGAAAAUCCGAAUGGAAGGUUGACAUAACAAACACGUGUGUAUGCACGAGUUUGGGGCUGAAACUGUCUUGCCCUGAUUUCAACCCCAUAGUUGAUGUCGACCCUUCGAUUAUUUCCAAGUAUGACGACACCCACUGUUUGGUCAAUGGUGGAAGUCCGUUGCACGGAGGCGAAACCUUUAGCUUCACUUAUGUUGGCUAUGAUAAAGCCCAUUUCACACUAUUCGAUUUUAUGGUGGCUUGUUCCUAA